CCUCAGCGCUGGUCUGUGGAGGGGGGGGGAACCAGCCCAAAACACAACACAACAUCAGGUCAGAGCGGGGGGCUCGGUGGUAUUAUAAACCCCCCCCCAAGGCUAUGACUUCCAGUAAAAUUGAGAUGCCAGGGGAGGUGAAGGCAGAUCCUGCAGCUCUGAUGGCAUCUCUGCAUCUGCUGCCUUCUCCCACUCUCAACCUUGAAAUCAAAUACACCAAGAUUUUCAUCAAUAAUGAAUGGCAGAAUUCUGAAAGUGGGAGAAUAUUCCCAGUGUAUAAUCCAGCAACAGGAGAGCAGAUCUGUGAGAUUCAGGAAGCUGACAAGGUUGAUACGGACAAAGCAGUGAGGGCAGCUCGACUUGCUUUUUCUCUAGGUUCCGUGUGGAGGAGAAUGGAUGCAUCGGAACGAGGACAUCUUCUGGAUAAGCUCGCAGACUUGGUUGAAAGAGACAGGGCAAUUCUUGCUACUAUGGAAUCGCUGAACAGCGGCAAACCAUUCUUGCAAGCUUUCUAUGUGGAUCUCCAGGGAGUCAUAAAAACCCUGAGGUAUUACGCAGGUUGGGCAGACAAAAUCCAUGGAAUGACCAUUCCUGUAGAUGGAGAUUAUUUUACGUUUACAAGACAUGAACCCAUCGGAGUGUGUGGACAGAUCAUCCCUUGGAACUUCCCCCUGCUGAUGUUUGCAUGGAAGAUUGCUCCUGCUCUGUGCUGUGGCAAUACAGUAGUUAUUAAACCAGCAGAACAAACACCACUCAGUGCUCUCUAUAUGGGAGCUCUCAUCAAGGAGGCUGGCUUUCCACCAGGAGUUGUCAAUAUUUUGCCAGGAUUUGGUCCAAUUGUUGGUGCAGCCAUAGCCUCUCACGUUGGCAUUGAUAAAAUUGCUUUUACUGGAUCCACUGAGGUUGGGAAGCUGAUCCAAGAAGCAGCUGGAAGGACUAAUUUGAAGAGAGUUACACUGGAGCUGGGUGGGAAAAGCCCAAACAUUAUUUUUGCAGAUGCUGAUUUGGACUAUGCUGUGGAACAAGCUCACCAAGGGGUGUUCUUCAAUCAAGGUCAAUGCUGCACUGCAGGCUCACGGAUUUAUGUGGAAGAAUCAAUCUAUGAAGAGUUUGUUAGAAGAAGUGUAGAACGUGCAAAGAGGAGAGUUGUGGGGAGUCCCUUUGACCCGACUACAGAACAAGGUCCACAGAUUGAUAAGAAACAAUACAACAAGAUCUUGGAGCUGAUUCAAAGUGGCAUUACUGAAGGAGCAAAACUUGAAUGUGGGGGUAAAGGGCUGGGAAGAAAGGGCUUCUUCAUUGAACCUACAGUGUUUUCCAACGUGACAGAUGACAUGCGGAUUGCCAAGGAGGAGAUUUUUGGGCCCGUUCAAGAAAUCCUGAGAUUUAAAACCAUGGAUGAAGUUAUAGAGAGAGCCAACAAUUCUGACUUUGGGCUGGUAGCUGCUGUCUUUACAAAUGACAUAAACAAGGCCCUGACAGUCUCUUCAGCAAUGCAGGCUGGGACAGUCUGGAUAAACUGCUACAAUGCCUUAAAUGCCCAAAGUCCUUUUGGAGGAUUCAAAAUGUCUGGCAAUGGGAGAGAGAUGGGUGAAUGUGGAUUGAGAGAAUAUUCUGAAGUUAAAACUGUGACAAUAAAGAUCCCUCAGAAGAAUUCCUAAAAUGACGAAGGACCAUGUUGUGCAGAAGAGCACAUGAUGCCACCUUCUCUAUUCCUUAUGGAGACCAGCACUCAGGAAUAAAAGUGUUACACAAUAUAUAUUUAAGAAAUUAAGUUGCAACAUAUAUACUGGGCACAUAACUGCGUAUGUAAUGCAAAUCAGCUCUGCAUGUUUUCAUAAAACUCUCCUGAGAAUCGUUACAUCUUUAUAAAACAAAUCAUAACAAGAGAUAAAAUUGCUAUUGGGCAUCAUUUAGUAAUGGUUCUAGCUAUAAAACUGUUAAAUGCAAAUGCAUGCACACACACAUUUAUCUCUUCUUUAAAUAAACAAAAUAAGUCUUACUGCUUUCAGGUUGCCUUCUCAGACCUGCCUUGUACUGACAUUGUAGCUUCAAUCAGGGCUCUACAGGCCAGAUUUUACCCAAAAUGCUAGCAAUGAACAACACAAACAAGUAUCAUUGAAGUUCUUUUAAAAAAAAAAGGACUCGGAACAGUACUGACCCCAAACCUGGUAUACUGGCAACUUUCCAAUUAGCAUGCUCACAUAAAAGGGUCAAACUGGGAGGGAAUCAAAUGACUAUAUGGACAAUGAAAGCCAAAUACUUAUCAAUGACAUUUAGCUUUCAUGGCUCACAGUGAUUUGGAUGUCAAAGCUUAUUUGCAUAAUUACUUUAAGUCUUGCUAAAAGCAGAAAGUCCUUCACUCACAGGAACCUGAACAGUUUUACCUGCCUGCCAAAAGAGCAAGGCCAGACAGGGUGGGAGGGUGUUAACGAGAACAGGAACAGAUCCCAAGGCUUCACAGAGUAUUUCAGCUUUCACUGCUUGUCUAGUUUUGUUGUUGUUGUUGUUACUGUUGUUGCUUUCACCUUUUUUCUUUUUCUAAAUAAGUAUAUGCACACACAGGCUCCAUUUAUUUGUCUGCUAUUAAACUGCCUGUGAUUACACUGGGAAUCAUUAAGUACUUGUUACAGCAGGAAGGACCCAGCCAGAGCCCACCUGGCAAGAACUAAGCUUGACUUUACUUUUUACUGAAUGACAGCUUGCCAUCCUCACCAUGCCUCUGAGCCUCAGGUGAAGUUACUGGCUGGUACUUAGUUUUCAGUUAUGUUUGGGGUAGCUUUGGGCCAGGACAAAUAUAUGAGCAAGUUCUUCUAGAAGUGAGGUGUUUAAAGCCUGUCACAUUAUUACCUGCUGCCUACUGAAUCUCUUCCAGCUUGGAACUGACACACUAAAUACUAUCUCUCUCUUCCUUUCAGCUGCAGAGCUCGACAAAUCCCCAAACUUUUUUUUUUAGGUUUCAUUUUAUGUUUUAACUCAGAAUUAAGAAAAUCUAUUUUAAAGGUACAGUAAAUCAUCUACACCAUGUAGCUACAUUACCUGGGGUGUAAGGACAGAAUUAUGGCCUCAGGUGUAAGUUUUCCUAGCUGCAGAGUCUAUACUAUGAACUGUUGAAAACUCCAGACCUGAUCAGCAAAUAAUUUCUGCAUGUUCUUAACUUCCUUUACUCUCUGAGGAAUUCCUCUUAGAUUUGAAGUUGUAUGUGUCCUUCAACAAACUGCUGGAUCAGGACAAGAGUUUCCAGCACUUUGUAGUGUGGUGGCCCUCAAUAUUUUGUAACUCAUGUCAAACUGUGUAUGUGUUUUUAAAGCAAUAUAUAUACAUGUUGUUAUUCAGAAAUGACAGGACAUUCACAGGCAUGGAGAUAAAUCAAAUAUUCCUGAGUUGUUAAAUGCAAGUGCCAUAUACUUCUACUGUAGUGUAUGUCAGAAUGAAGAAAAACAAAAUACAGCAAGUAAGAGAUUAGUUAUCUUUUAAACUGCAAUAUAA